AUGGAGGAUUCAGGAGCUCAAUGGUCCGAGCACUGUGACCCCCUCGUCUUUAACACCAAGACUUUGUACGAUGCUGGAUGCUCCGUUUACUCGGCGCCCUAUGAUUGCCAACACAGAGACUCGGCAACUCAGGGCCACUGGCAGUACGGCACUCUUGAAAACCAGAACAGUCCGCAAUGUUUUCACCAAGCCAUCAAUGGGCCCUACAAUGUCGACGCGCCUCAAGCUGUUAGCUGGACUCCAGCUCCAUCCUCCCUCGAUCAUGGCUCAUCGGGUGGGUUAAUUCAGCAAACAAGCACUCUUCCGCCUAGAGUUCCAUGGUCGGUCGGCCUGGUCUACAGCUGCUUCGUGCAUCAGAACGAUGGUACUCGGCCGCAAGAGAAUCAAACUAUCGACCGAGUGGUCUCCCUAAAUGGUCAACACUUCAACCACGAUGGGCGGAUGAAUCAUUGGGAGGUUCCCGGGGAACGUGUUUCGACUACGGCGAGCUUGCAAAUACCAUCUCCGCCGAGAUCAACAACUCUAUCUUACGGUUCUGCUAGUCCAGAGGAUAUUGUUUCGCCUCAAGAGAAUCGUCUGCUCCAUCGCGGUUUCCCGUUAUCUGCCGAACUCUCUCAGCCAACUUCGAUCAACCCGACUUCGCGGGGCGCCGUGCCUCAUCAGCAACCUGAAAUUCCUUCUCUGCCUAGUCCACAAGGCGAUAGUCGAAUCAACAACAAACAAUCGCGGUCUCAGAAGCAAGCCUGGAAGCAGUGCUUGACCUCUCCGACAAACAAGUCGAGUCCGCUUGAGCCACCAGAACAACCGGGAAACGCUUGUGGAGUCAAGUCACUUUCUGAAAUGUCUUCCAAGCCUUCUCUCUACCAUAAGCCAGCGCGGAAUGCGGCAGCAAAAGAAAGGGAUGAGGGUGGCCGGCUGUUGGAAAUUGUCCCUCGGCCAAAAGACACCGAGUCACAAAUCUCCAGUCAAGGACGAGAGAUAAAGUCAGCUGGUCGACGGAAACGCGUACUGACGGACGAGGACCGACGCGCUGUGGCCGACACCCGCAAAAUUGGCGCGUGUAUUCGAUGUCGUAUGCAGCGUCUCAAGUGCGAAGUUGACGCGGCAAAUCGCGAUGGGCCCUGCUUGACUUGUGCGAAAGUCGACUUGACUUCUUCAAAAGUCAUUCACCGCCAGCCGUGCAUACGAACCAAACUCGCCGAUGUCGUCCUUUACAAUGUCAAUUACGCUGGAAUCGACACGAAGCUGGGUCUUCCCGCCAAGAUAAUCGAGAUCGAGAAGUGGGUUGACGAAGGUGAACAUGACAUCCAACUCGUAACGCGGGGACUGUGUUCUGUACCGAUGAAUAUCCGGGUUCGCAAGUUCGACAAAGAGUCCAUGCCGACGGACCAAAUCAACUACUUCUGGAUGAACGAAUACAAGGGCGAGGUAGAAGAGACGAAACUCGAACCGUAUGCUCUUGCCAGUGUGAGUUCGUCGAGGGAGCAGCUGGAAGCUUACAUCGAGGCCAACGCGGUGAAGGGCUGGGAGGAGCAAGCCUAUCGAGGUGAUACCGACCAGCUCAUUUCGAAACACUACAAAGCGGCAGUGGAGUACUACAACGAUUGUGACCAACAUCCCAUCGACCGGCGUCUGUUACUCAACUUGUUCAAGUUCCGUUUCGCCCAGCGCAUCUUGACACGCCCUUCAUGGAUCUAUAACAAAGAUCCGAAGAGUCAAAAUUGCCUAGGCAUGACACCAGCCAAAGACGAAUAUCACCCUUUGAUCGACAGAAUUCCCACCCCGCCAACGACUACCUCGCAACUUCGUUCUAUGGCUCAUCUGCGACUGGUCAAGUACCACGAGCAUAUUCUUGAAGACCUUGAGAAACUCUGCUGCAAGAAGAUUCGAACAUCCUUCUUCACGGUUUAUCUCGUGACGUUCAUCAUGCUCCACGAGCUUGAUGCGACUACGGAACACUACAAGAAAAGCCCCUCCUUCUGCGCUGCAAAAGAGAAAGAAGAUAAAGAAGAGUCCUACCAGCAAUAUUGCGAAGUUGCGAAGAAGAGCGCAAACAUCCUUCUGCUUCAUUGGCAAUAUUACCGACGCGCUCCCGAAUCAUACUGCGCUGCCGAUGAUUUCCUGGGAGACCAUGUUGCCCGAUGGUUUUGGACUGGCUUGCAAGAAAGACAUGAAGGAUUUUGCAGGCAGACCUGGAGGGACAUGAAGAAUGCUGGCCAUUGUACCAAUCAAACGUCCCCCGGAGAUCCGUUUCACUGGAUUUCUCAGAUGUUUGAUAGCGAUUGGAGUCCGAAAAGUAUAUGGGACCGCGUAGAUAACAUUAUCACAAAGCAGGAACCACCGGCUGAGCCGGCGUUCAAGCCGCGGAAAGCGACGAAAUUGCGAUGA